CGUCACUGGAAAAGCCCAGGGAAGGAACUGUCAAUUUUUUGAGUCCCUAAACCCCUCUAAACGAUAUGGGAGGGUGUUUAGGUAGCCAUAGACACCGUGAUCAUUCAUCCAGAGAGUCUUCAGAUGUUGCUGGAAUCUCACUUGGUAGAAAUCAACCACUACGGCCUGAAAGACCUAAAUGGAAGAGUGAUGUGCCCUUGACUGAGGGACAAUUAAGAAGUAAACGUGAUGAAUUUUGGGACACAGCCCCUGCAUUUGAGGGACGUAAAGAGAUUUGGGAUGCUCUGAAAGCAGCAGCAUAUGCGUUGGAGACAGGGGACCAUGCACUAGCUCAGGCUAUUAUAGAUGGUGCAAGCAUUACACUGCCACAUGGAACACUAAUGGACUGCUAUGAUGAAUUAGGAAAUCGUUAUCAGUUACCAGUGUAUGUACUAGGAUCACCUACCAAUCUGAUUGAGGACACGAGUGAGAGUGAGGCUGGCCAGGAAGUUGACAGUAACAACCUUCCUGGCAUUGAAACUGUGAUAAAAUUCCGACUUUCGUCAACGAACAAAGACUUAAAAGUAAAAGUGCGGACUACGGACACCAUGCUUAAGAUAAAGAAAAAAUUGUUUGAACUUGAAAAAGUUGAACCGUCAAAACAGCGAUUUUUCUAUGCGGGAAAAAUGCUGAAUGAUAAACUUAAGAUAGAAGAUGUGAAAAUUCCAAAAGGAAAUGUGAUUCAGGUGAUAGUAUCACCGUCAGAGACAGAGGAAAUCAGCUGAGGAUAAAAAACAUCUAGAUAAAAGGUUGUUUCAGCACCUAAUUAUAGUGCCCGUACGAAAAUGCCCAUAUUAAAUACCUGUACAUCUAUCUCUUUGGCAACAAAAAGCUCGUACACUCUUUGGCAGAGUAGCCUCAAUAAAUUUGCCCUAAAUUACUGAAACAUUUAAGAACUGUAUUCUGUUAUCUAAAAACGAAGUAAGAAAUUGAAAGCAAAGAUAAAGGUUUUAAUUAUGUGAUGGUCAAAAUUUGUUUUUAAAUAAUGGUGAAAUACUGAUUUGGUUGCCAGGCUGUGACUUCACGUUUGCCUAGAAACAUUACCAGGUUAGUUUUAUCAUGUACCGAACUGUCAUAAGUCAACACUGUAUUCAGUUUUUGCCAUUCACAGAGGAAAUCCUGUCAUAAUGAGGGGAGCAUCUUUUGAGAGAAUCAUUUGGAACUGCAAGGUCAGUUUCAAGUAUAGUACAUUGUGAAUAAGUAUAAAAAUAGUGCAAAAAUGUCACUGGAUAGAAAUUAACUAGUUACCGUGGAGAUACAAUUCAUGAAUCUUUCAGUAACAGACUUGUAUUUUGAUUUUACGAGGUGAAAUAGUUCCAGUCAUUUAGGUUUAAAAGAAGUAAAUGGUCUUAAAAACUGAAAUUACUGAAAUUUAUUGUUGUCUCACAUUUUACAUGUAUACUGAAAAUCGAUCACUUUUCUGUAAAGAUACAAAUUGUGUAUUUAAGGAUAAGAUAUGCCUUAAUAAUACAUGUACAUGUUAUUGUUCUUACCCAUAUAAUUUUUUUUACAAAAUGGCUGACAUGUAUUUAUGUACAUUAUGUUGUCAGUGAACCUAAAUAUUUAAUCAGUUUACUUUUUAAGAAAGUCAAGCUUAUUUUUAUUUAUAAACUAAUAUUCCAUUUCAUAUCAUUGAUACUGAUAAUCAGAGUUGUGAUCAUUUUAAUACAAUCUUUGGCUUCACAAACUAAUGUAUAUAAUACCUUCAUACAUGAUUGACCUGUCCAUGUUUUUCUACUCUUAGACUAGUAGUAAUGACAAUGGGCCUGUCAAAAAGCUACUGUACAGUCAUUAUACAGAAGCAUUAAAAACAGUCUUAAUCAAUCAUAGGUGACAAGUAUGCUUGCUUUUUAGAAAAAGAUUUUCAGAUCACUAUGCCUGUAGUUCUUGCUUUAAUGAAUUACAACCAGAAUAACAUGUCAAUAUUAAUUUUUUGUCGCAUGGCUCAAACAAUACGAAAUGGGUUUUUAGACCCAUCACAAAAUGUGUCCAGGUCAGUUACAAGUUUAAUCAGAAACAACCAGCCAUAUGUUCGAGUUUUGGGACAGGUUCCCAAAUGUAUUAUGUCUAACUGUAAAAAUGACUUUGUGUAAGUUUGACAUGUACUCUAAGUUUAGUCUGUAGUCUAUUGGAAUUUAUUUGUAGACACAUCAGAUUUCAGUACAUGUGUACUUGCAUAUAUUUCUGUGUGAAAACCUUGAUAGGCUCUUGGUUGUUUCAGCAUCGGUUCAUAUUUAUAUAUUCUGCUUAGGUGAAAACUCACAUUAUUUUCUCUGUAAUUAAUUGUUUUAACAAAAAAUUGAGAGGUGUUAGUAUCUACAAUGCGUACAACCUAGACUGUCAUAUGAUACAGAACAUCAAGUUUUUGUUGUAAUUUUAGUCUGUUUCUCAAUGGUUUUCUUGGACACUUAAUAUGUACGUGAUACAGUUUAACUGCCUUUAAAGAGCUAGAAAUUUAAGAAUUAUGCCGAUUAAAACCAUUGCAUUAAAUAAGUUACAAUAAUGUUUGAGCAUCAGAUACAGUAUAUGCAAGUGACCUUGACGGUUGACCUAGAAGUAUAAAAAUUACAGUAACUCAUAUUUUUAGAAGGUCUCAGAUCUGUUACUUUCAAAAGCAUUAAUGCAUAGUUUGUACUGUUGAAACAGAUUUAAGUAAUAUUUUACAAUAGAGGAAACACAUUGCCUUAUUUACAUACAAAAUGCACAGGUACUACUUAAUAAAUGAAUUGUUUUCCAUGUACAUUUUCAUUUUGACACCUGCACAUUUGGAAACAUGGAUGUUGCAUGAUUUUCGGAGAUGAAGUCUUUCAUUGUUUUCUGUAGCUUCUGAUUUUUGAAGCUUGGUGUUAAUUUGGACACACCAUUUAGUUAUUGGAAUAAAUAAUAUAAUAUUAUAUUAUAAUAUUAUAUUAUAAUGUAUGAAUUAAAAUGUACACUUUCUGUCUCUUAGCUGUAACAACUGACUGCUGUUCACUUAGGACUCUGAUAUUAUAUAUAUAUAUUUGAUGUGUGGUAUGUGAGUCCAGUUGACCAGUUAGGGCAUUAUAACUUACUCUGCUGAUCAGGUAUGCGUAGAGAAAAUGGAAUUUUCUUGUUUUACGCCAAUAUAAAUCUUGGUUUAAGCAUUUCAAGUGGUGUUCAAAAAUUUUAAUUUAGGCAAGUAAUUACAUUGUAGGAAACUUCACACAAGUUUGAGAUUCCACCAUAUGUGUAUAUAAGCAGAUUUUAUCCUAAUUUGCAUACAUGUGGUGAUUUCACCCUCAGGUCCCUAAUAUGCAUACAUAUGGGAGAUUUUAUACUACUGUGCAUACAUAUGGAUGAUUUCACCCAAGUGUGCAUACAGGUAGGAAAUUUCAUCGAAGUAUGCAUACAUGUGGGAAGUUUUCCAUAAGUGUGAACUAAAAUGCAAGAUUUCACACUAGACGUACUGGAGUAGAGUGUAUACAGGUUGGUGUGCAAUGUUUGAUUUCAGUUUCUUGUAGACAGAUGGUUAUGCAAUGGAUUUUAUAAUUAAUUUACAUAACAGAUUUGGAUCUUGCUAUAUAAACAGAAUUUAGAUAUGCAUACAUAUAAAGGCGCAUGCAAAAUGUCUAAAACAGUAAAGCUUGUUAGGGCAGAGCUUUUUAAUAUAUUUAGAAAUUAUUAACAAUUAGGUGCGCAUAGAUAUUAGAAUUUCUGUUAAUACUGGCAUCCUGGUAUUGCUUGAAAUAUGCCGAGUUAAAAUGUAGAAUUUUGCUAGUGUUUAAGUUUGUGUUUAAAACAGCAGGCUUUAAGAGGGUCUAGAAAGAUUUAGUAAAGCCUAACCCUGUUGAAGCUGAUCACCAUUUACCAUUAUGAUAAUAGUAAAAAUUCUUAGUUUGUUCUGAAUUAAAACCAUUAACACUUGGUAUGUCUUACAACAAACAUUUUCAUUAUAUUUUGUUUGAUGAAUUUAUUCUGUACACAAUAAAGCGGGCUGUUCUCUUUUGGGAUUUACACACUCACAAUUUAGUUCAUCCACUUAGCUCAAUAGGAAGAGCGCAUAUCUGUGGAUCACAGGGUAGUGAGUUUGAUCCCCAGACGAGACAUCUGUUCUCCAGGACAUUUUGAUAAAAGACAUAAGUCUGAAAUCAUUUUUCCUCAUACCUCUGAUUCAUGUGGGGAAAUUGGUAGUUACUUGUGGAAAAUAGAUUUGUACUGAUACAGAAUCCAGGGACACUGGUUAGGUUAACUGCCCGCCAUUACAUAACUGAAAUACCAUUGAAUAACACCUUGAAAAACGAUGUUAAGCCAAAAACAAACAAACACUAUUUGUAAGUAAUACCUAGCAAUAUUUAGUGCAAAUGGCCUAUCAUAUACAUUAAGGACAAUGAUUUUAUGUAAUAUUAUGUACUACUAGGUAGUGUAUUGAUAAUUUGCUUUGUUUUAACAGAAAAAAAGCACUCGUCUGGCACAUUUUUGGGGACAUUUAAAAAAAGGGUAGCCAGUGUCAUAUUAAGGUUCAUAUAAUACCUAAACUAUGAGGCUUGUACAUUUUCACAAAGGGCUUUUAACCCUUAUCAUGCUAGACACGAUUGAUUCUGCCUUUGCGACCAGUGUAGAUCAUGAUCAGCCUGCACAUCCAUGCAGUCUGAUCAUGAUCUGCACUGUUCGCCAUUCAGUCAGUAUCUUUUUGGUAAGCACCCCUUUUAACAGUUAAUGGUACUGUCCAAAUUGAAAGGUGGACAAGUUCAUUAGAGAAAUUUAGCAGGAUAAGGGUUAAGAAAUAUUUAUGUUACCUUCAUAACAUUACUACCUUCAGAACUUUAUUACCUUCAGAACUUUAGGUCGCCAUUUUAGCAGAAUGGAGUUGCUCUGACCACACCUUACUUCUACUGAUGCAUUAACCAUUGUUAUAUAAUUAUUUACAUUAAUUGUGUAUGUAAAAACCAUUGAGAUAUUAAGUAUUGUUGUUUAUUACUGUUGCUUUUAAUUUUUUGCUUUAAUAACAUAUAUAUAUAUUUUUGUUUUAUACUAGCUUAUUCUACAUGUUUAAGCAUUUUUGUCACUUGUUAUUCAAGAGUAAAUUUAUGUAAUUUAUUGUCAUUUUUGUCUAAAUGCAGUAUAUAAGUGUGAGGAUCGGACAGCAUGUGCGAAUAUAUUGGGCAGCCCAUGUCAGUAUACCGGAUAAGCUGUAUCAGUUAUUGUCAGUUUCGUGGGCAUGAAGUUUCAUGAUUUUGGUCAAAACAGCAAUUUUGUGGGGAUAUGAAUUCAUGGAUUUCAGCUUUUAAACAAAAAAUGAAUGGGAAUUUUACUUGAUUGUUGGGAUUAAAUUUUGUGGAUUGACUCAAACACAAAAUCCACGAAAAUUAGUCCCCACGAAUAUUAACAAUUUCACAGUAUUUGGGAUUAUGCUAUACAUUUGUAUCUGUAAACAAAAACAAGAUUUGUUAGAUAUUUGGAAUAAUGUGUGUUGAUUUACUGUACAAGUUUUGGUGUAUCUUUGGAGAAGCCUUUGUCGGUAUUUUGAAGAAAAAAAAUUGGUAAAUAGAAAAACCUGUGUCAUACAAGUUUAAAAACUCUGGUAAUUACUUAACCCUUGUCAGUAUACCAGAAAGUCUUACAGUCAAGUGUUUGUGUAUUAAAAUGUAUUGUAAACUUUUUGAGAUUUAAUAUUCCAGUAUAUAAAUUGGCCAUAAAAGCAUUUUUAGCUUGACUAUUCAAAGAACACUGGUAGGUAGAGCUAUUUGACUCGCCCGUGUGUUGGCUUCCCGAUUUGGUUAAUUUUUGUAUGUAAGCUGGUAACUCAGUUACCACUUGUGAGAAUGGAUUGAAACUUCACACACUUAUUCACUGCGAUAAAUUGACUUACAUUGUUCUAUUUUGCUUUUUUACAAAAUUAUGCCCCUUUUUCAACAUAAUUUUUUCUUAACUUUUUGUAUGUAAACUGGUAUCUCUGUACCCAUUAAUGAAAAUGGAUUGAAACUUCUCACACUUGUUCCCUGUGAUGAUCUGACAUGCACUGCUUAGAGUUCAUAACUUUGCUUUGCAUUUUUACAAAAUUAUGCCUCUUUUUCGACUUAGCAAUUUUUGUUUCUUUUGUUGUAAGCUAGUAGCUCAGUACCCACUAAUGGGAAUGGAUUGAAAUUUUACACACAUGUCCAUUGUGAUGUGCUGACAUGCAUUAUACAGGUUCCAUAACUCUGUUUUGCAUUUUUACUUUGCAUUUUUACAAAAUUAUGCCCCUUCUUGACUUUUAUGUUUAUUUAGUUGACAAGGCUGUUGGAUAGUGGAGCGUUGCUGCCCCAGGUUAAUGCCUGAAAUGCACAAUAAAAGUCGUUUGUACAGUAAUUAGCAUAUACCAGCUUUUAGAUACUUGACUGAUUUAAGCUGGGGUUUUUAAAACUUUAUUUUCAGGAAUUUUUCCUGUGGUGUUUAAUUAUUCGGAAGAAAAGGAGUAUGGUUUCAUAUGCAUAAUGUGAGAGAUGCCUACCAUAACUGUUCAAAGCAGCAAAAGGAAUUGUUAAUAUCAGUUAUGUAUAAUAUCUGGACAGAUUUCCCCUCAGCAAAAGUCUGCAAAGUUGGCCAAAGUGUUACCAAUCAACUUUUUUUGAAAAGAGAUAAAGUCAGCACAUGUUUUUAUGUAAAAUUAUUUGAUUACUGCAGAGGUUGAGAUAUUACAAAUGGAUUUGUAAACAUGUUUGGGAAGUUCUUUUAUAUAUACUGACAUUGUAAAACCUGCCUGAUGGCUCCCUACAACUAAUUGUAACAUGAUUUAACUUCAAUGUUUGGUUAACUUGUGCUUAUAAAUUUCUGCAGUUAUAUUCAAUUAUUUACUGUUAUAGAUUUUGACAUCUAAGACACUUGUUGAAAUGUGUACCUGCCAAAUAACUUACAUGGCUUUUGUCCACCAGUGCAGACACGAGAGGGCUGAGGAUUCUGUCUAGUGGAAGGCUAUGUCCUUAUAUCAUUUGUGUACAUGUUUUAUGGAGAUGUGAAUCACUAUGUGCAAUAUGUGUUUUCAUACAAAGAUAUCAAAUAAAGCAGUUCUGCAUUCC